AUGCCGGGCCCCUUCUACGCCCGCUACGUGCCUCCGAAAGCGACGACCGCCUCCUCGCCGGUCACCCCGAAAAAAGCCUCCCCACCCCCACCAUCGUCGCCCGACCUUGCGCCAGAAAAGAGAGAGAAACGGUCGAACAAGCGGAAGAGAAUCGACGCCAAUGACGCCGCCGGCGAUGCGGAUGAUGCUGCGCUCAAAAAGCACAGAUCGGUGCUGUCCAAGUUUGCGAACUCUACCAAGAUAGCCGAAAGGUUGAAGGCCAGAGAGCAGCCGGACGAGGAAAACGAACUUGACGAGGAACCAGAACUGCACGGCAAACUUGGUGCCUCUGCCUCAGCCCGACCUUUCGACGAGCUCAAUAUCGACCCUAGAUUAGUCCGCCACCUCAAAAGCAAGGGUUACAAUGAGGCCUUCGCAGUCCAGUCAGCUGUAUUGCCUCUGCUACUCCCCGGUGCGCCGGCCAGGGUGGCGGAUGUAUGCGUAUCGGCUGCGACAGGUUCUGGAAAGACACUGGCGUACCUGCUGCCUAUGAUCGAGAACAUGCGACACAGGGUUGUUACCAAGCUGCGCGGUAUUGUUGUCGUGCCCACGCGCGAGCUAGUAAGCCAGGUACGCGAAGCGGCCGAGCUUUGCGCUGUUGGCAGCGGCUUGAAAAUCGGAACAGCAAUGGGCAACCACGCAUUUUCCGCCGAGCAGGAUAUGCUUGUCAAAAAGGGAAAGAAAUACGACCCCGAGGCAUGGAGAAAGCUGUACGCGAAGGCUGAAGACUGGCUUCUUCAUGGCUGGAGCCAAGACAGCGAUCACGCGGAAGACGUCCUGGACCUACUACCCGGCCACAUCCCACAAUACGAGUCUAAGGUCGACAUUCUGAUCUGUACUCCUGGCCGACUUGUCGAGCACGUACAAAAUACGAAAGGGUUCCACCUGGAUGAUGUGGACUGGCUGGUGAUCGAUGAAGCAGAUCGGCUACUCGAUCAAAGCUUCCAAGGAUGGGCAGAGACAGUGAUGAGGGCUCUUGAGAAAGAAAAGACGAUUGAAGAAAUGAGUGCCAGGGAGAGAAUCUUCUCGAGCAUGUGGUAUGCUCCUCAGAAGAGAUUGGUCAAGAAGGUGAUCUUAUCCGCUACCAUGACACGAGAUUUGAACAAGCUCAGUGCUCUCAAACUGCGGAGACCAACCCUUGUGAUCGCCGAGGGAACCGAAGGGUCGGGCGGACAAAUAGCUCAAGGAGAAGUGUACGAUAUGCCAUCGACAUUGGACGAAUGCACGAUUCCUGUCGGAGACGGCAGUCAAAAACCUCUGUUUCUUCUGCAUCUUCUGCAGACUCAAAUUCUCUGGGACUUUGAGGCGCCUGCAGUACAAAACAGCGCACAGAUGGAUGACCGGGCGGAAUCCGAAAGCUCGGACUCAUCCUCAGAUACGGAUUCAUCCUCCGGGUCUUCAGAUGAUUCCUCGUCGGUUUCAUCGGAGUCGGAAGAUUCAGAUUCAGAUGCGUCUGAAUCGGAGGAUUCAUCAGACUCGGAAUCGUCAGAAUCUUCCGAGUCCGCAUCUUCGGCGUCAGGCGCCAUCGGUGAAGAGACAACAGCAGCUCCCGCCACGGAGACCAGCAACAUUGCAGCAGAACCGGUCUCCAAUGUUUUGAUUUUCACGCACAACAACGAAAACGCGAACCGUCUUUCCCGACUUCUUUCUCUUCUCUGUCCUUCAUACAGCGGCGUCAUCGGGACACUUACUAAGUCAUCAACAACGGCAGCCUCCCGCAGGAUUCUGCGCGCUUUCCGAGCCAAUAAACUACGCAUCUUGAUUGCGUCGGACCGUGCAUCCCGAGGUCUCGAUCUACCCAACCUUGCACACAUAGUGAACUAUGACAUUCCCACCAGUGUCACAAGCUACGUGCAUAGGGCAGGUCGGACCGCCAGAGCGGGUGCGUACGGCGUUGCUUGGACGUUUUUGACAAAGUCGGAGGCUGGCUGGUUCUGGAACGUCGUGGCCAGAGGAGAAGGCAUCAGAAGAGGGGGAAGGAAGGUGAACAGGAUGAAACUUGAAGAUGCAGUGACUCCGGAGAGGACGAGCGAAUAUGAGCGGGCUUUGGAGAUGUUGAAAGAGGAAGUGCGUGGCGGAGAGGAUAACUGA